UGUGUAUUUACGUGUGUGGUCGAUUUGUGUUGACAUGUGGUGGCGUUGUUAAAGCAACAAUAGAUGUUGCUUUUAUUUCGAUAUUGUGAGACAUAAACGUGUUUCGUCGGGAUGUUACCCCCUGCUGACAGCAGCAUGAAAAUGACACAGGUCAGUAACACUGGCAUGAAAAACUGGAAGAAAAGGAAACUCAAGAGUAGUGGAAGCAGUGUGAAGACCAUAAAAUUGGAUAAUAAAUUUGCAGACAAACCUCUGCAUGGUAAUAACAACAACAGAAUUAAAUUAAACUGUGGAAAGUCAGAGAUAAGAUCAGUGGGCGAAGGGCCUGACAAAGCCACUGACAAAUGUUUUGAUAGCCAUAGUAAAAAGAAGCUGCACAACUGUUCCAAAACCAGUGGUAAUGUAAUAAACACAGUCACUUCUGUUGCCAGUGCUAAAGCAGCUGAUUUUAACAUUUCUGAAAGCAACGUAGAGAACUAUCAAGGCACCAAUGGUUCUGGAAUGACAAUCAAGAAACACGUUGUUGAGAGUCAGAAAAAGUCUUCGAAUUUAACCAGUGAGAAGAACAUUUUGCUGACACGAAUUGAGAGGAAAGCAGUGUGUUCCAACUGGAAACUGUUCAAAGAAGUAAUUGGAAAGAAUGAGAGCUCCACUGACCAGGUUCCGAAGUUCAAGAGGAAGAAGCCAUUUGAGCAUGCACAUAAAGCAGAAAUAAAGACACACACAAAAAUUAGUGAUAAGUCCACAAACUCUCAGCAAAUUGUAAUGCCAUUGAAAAAUGAAAAAGAUGAUAUGAGAUGUGGUCAAAUUAAUGGACAAUUGAGCCAGAAAGAAAAAGCAAGUAAGAAGGCACCAAUUCAUGGGAAAAUGAAAAAACAUCAUUCAGAAAGUACUACAAAUGGAAAAUGGGAUAAUAGUGCAGAUGUCAAGAAUGCUGCGGAACAGUUUACAUCAGUCACUGCCCCACGUAAUUCUAACAGGCUGACAAAGGAGAUUGCUCUGGAUUGUGAAAUGGUUGGAACUGAUGACAAAACUGACAUGGUUGCCAGAGUGAGCUUAGUUAAUAAAUUUGGAGACUGUGUGUACGAUAAAUACGUUGCUCCAACAGAAAAAGUUCAUGAUUAUAGAACUUGGGUCAGCGGAAUUCGACCAGAAAACCUGAAAAAUGCUGAAGAUUUUAAACAAGUUCAAAAGGAAGUAGCAGAACUUCUGCGAGGCCGACUGUUGGUGGGUCAUGCACUGCGAAAUGACUUAAAAGUUUUAUAUUUGAGUCAUCCACGAAGAUAUACAAGAGACACUCAAAGGUUCAAACUAUUCAGAGAGUUGGCCAAAACCAAGCGACCAAGUCUGAAGAAGCUUGCAGCAGCAGUUCUGAAUGUGAAUAUACAGGAAGGUGAACAUAGCUCAGUAGAAGAUGCAAGAGUUGCAAUGCAGCUGUAUAUGAUCUACCGGAAGAAAUGGGAAAAGCUGUUCAAAAAGUCAAGAAAGAAACAUGCUUCUAAAGACAUAACUGUUUCUUCUGAAUAAUACCUGAAAAUAAAUUUAUUUUUGUAAA